GGCGCUCCCCCUGGGAUUCAAGAAAAUGUCUGCUUGAAAACUACGAAAAUAAUGUCCCUUCGCAGAAAAUAAUACACACACCAACAAUAGUUUUAAAAAAGGAAAGCAUCCUAGUGCAUAAAACAAGCGUAAAAUCAAGAUUUGAAAAUGGAACACGGGCACUGGACAUUGAUAAAAGAGUGUAUUUCAUAGUGAUAGUGUUUUUUAUUAUAAUGAUUGUGUGUUGAGAGGAUAUGUUUCCUAGUGUUUGUUUCUGUUGUUGGGUGUGACAAAAGCCAACAUGUCUGACGAAGAAGACUCCUCACCUGACUGGGCAUUAGUCCCAACAAAUAAUGUACCAGUUUUAGGCAUAAAGAGGCUCAAGCAGAUAGAGACCAUGUUCGUCUCCCGGCGCCUCCAGGGUCCAACACAUGGCCUCAGCGUGGAGACCCUCAUUGACAUGCUGCUGGUGUUAUACGACGAGUGCUGCAACAGCAGCCUGAGACGGGAGAAGGCUAUAGCUGACUUUAUACAGUAUGUGAAGCCCGUGGCGACUGCUCUGAAGCGUCUACGUCUUUCUCGCGAUGAUUUCGAGCUGGUGAAGGUGAUCGGAAGAGGCGCCUUCGGUGAAGUGUGCGUCGUGCGAGCGUCCUUCCUUCAGGGCAGCGACAACGGCAUCAGCGCGCCAGGUGGGACUAUAUCGGCCACGACCGGCGAGCGAGUCUACGCGAUGAAGAUACUCAACAAGUGGGAGAUGCUCAAGCGUGCGGACACGGCGUGUUUUCAAGAGGAGAGAGAUGUACUCGUUUUCGGAGAUCGGCGGUGGAUAACGAACUUACACUACGCCUUCCAAGACGAACAUAAUUUGUACCUGGUGAUGGACUACUAUUGCGGCGGUGAUCUGCUGACUCUCCUCUCCAAGUUCGAGGACCGCCUCCCCGAAGACAUGGCGCGCUUCUACAUAGCUGAGAUGGUGCUCGCCAUACACAGCGUGCACGAGCUGCGAUAUGUGCACAGGGACAUUAAGCCGGACAAUGUAUUGCUAGACGCCAGCGGUCAUAUACGUCUCGCUGACUUUGGUUCAUGUCUGCGACUGGGCGAUGAUGGCAAGGUUCAAAGUAAUGUGGCGGUCGGUACACCAGAUUAUAUUUCGCCUGAAAUAUUACGGGCAAUGGAAGACGGCCAGGGGCGCUACGGACCGGAGUGUGAUUGGUGGUCGCUAGGUGUGUGCAUGUUCGAAAUGCUAUUCGGCGAAACGCCGUUCUACGCGGAGUCGCUCGUUGAAACGUACGGCAAGAUAAUGAACCACGCACGCAGUUUUACGUGCCCGCCGCCCGACGAUUUGGCGCCGCAGAUAUCAGAAGAAGCGAAAGACCUCAUACGGCGAUUGAUUUGCGCGCCAGAGAACAGACUGGGCAGAAAUGGAUUACAAGAUUUUAAGAAUCACCCCUGGUUCUCCGGUUUGGAGUGGGAGGCGGUACGCGAGACGCGAGCGCCAUUCAUCCCCGACGUGUCCAGCCCGACUGACACAUCCAACUUCGACGUCGAUGAUACGGAUAUACGGUUGUCGGAAGCGGUGCCGCCGCCACGCGCGUCGCCUGCCUUCUCCGGUCUGCAUCUGCCGUUCGUUGGUUUUACUUUCACGGGCGGCUCGCGGCUUUGUGACUUAGGCGCGCCGGCGCCGCUAAGCCCCGCCAAGAACGCUACUGCACAGGCACCAUCAAACGCGGGAGAUCGCGCGGCGUUAAAAGCCUUGGAGAGAGAAAACGCCUUGCUCGCUCAAACCAUAGCGGAGCUACGCGCUAACACACCUGCAGAACUCUCAGACGAGGUAACACAGUUGAAGGAAGAAAUCGCCGCGUUAAAGAAGAAGAAUUCUGAAUUGGAGGCACAAACUAAACGCGUUGAUACUACGGCGUUACAGGAGGUGUCAGGGAAUCCAGACGUAACGGCGCGUCUACGUGAGCUCGAGGUUCUAGCGAACUCUCUUGCGGCUGAGAAGGAAGAACUGAUCAAGGAGAAAGCCGACGCGCAGGAGAAACUACGGUUACAGGACAAAGAGCUUAAAGACGCGCUGUCGCAGCGAAAACUCGCUAUGACCGAGUACAACGAAGUCACCGAUAAGCUAUCAGAGCUCAGGCAGCAGAAACAGAAGCUGUCGCGGCAGGUCCGCGAUAAAGAGGAAGAACUUGAAGUGGCUAUGCAGAAGAUCGAUGCUCUAAGACAAGACGUGAGACGUGCAGAUAAGGGAAGGCGCGAGACCGAGGCACGUUUGGAUGCAGCACUGCAGGAUGCUGCUAAGGAACGCAAGCUACGUGAUGAAUCGCUGCGUUUGCAGCGCGUGGACGGCGGCUCGGGGGGAGUGGCCGACGUCGUCAAACUACAGCAGGACAUUGACGCGCUCGAGGUGCAGUACGGCGAAUCCCUGUCGGCUGCGGCGGCGCGGCACGCGGCUGAAACCGCAGCGUUACGAGACCAGUUACACGAGGCUGAUGCGUUAGCGGCGCAUCUUACUAGAGAGCUCCAAACAUCCAAAGAGAAACUAGAAAAUAGGCGCAUGGAACAACUCAACGAAACAGAAGACAAACAGAUGCUGAUUAAUGAGAAUAGGAAACUUGCGAAGGAUUUGGAUGCUAUGGCAGAGAACGGCAGACGUUGGCAGAACGAAAGAAGACAACUUGAGGUGGAGCUAGAAGAGUUGAGAGCCAAACGAGAUACCAUACAGCAUUGGGAGACACAGAUUGCUGACAUAAUCCGUUGGGUUGCUGACGAGAAGGAAGCCCGUGGGUACCUCCAAGCGCUCGCCACUAAGAUGACAGAAGAAUUAGACUACCUAAAACAUGCUACCGGCUCCCGCGCCUCCGGUCCGUCCGGCCCGUCCUCCCCCCCUACAUCCGGCACGGGGGGCUGGCGGAACCGCCGCAGCCAGAAACUCGACAAGAUGGAGAUACUCACGCUACAGUCGUCGCUGCACUCCGAGAUCCAGGCGAAACAGCAAGUGGGAGAGGAGCUGAGCCGCACGCGCGCCGAGCUGCUGCACAGCCAGAGCGCCCGUCCAAAAGAUGCUAGGAGAAGGGAAAUCGAUGACGCUUUGACGGACGUUGAAGUUGCAUUGAAGCGGCUAUUGAAUUCGCGGGAGCUAGUGGAAACCCGACAGCGUCUCGACAGCUUGGCUCACGAUAUGAAACGUAAGGAGCAACAGCUAAGGGACAUGCAGCAGCAGCUCGAUACGCCGCGACACGCCGCGCCCUCGUCGAGGCAAGGAUCGGCUAAAUCGUCGACAUACUGGAGCGGAAAAGAAGAGAAUGUUUUAGAUCGCCCGCCGUCACAGAUGAGUUAUCUGGACCAGUUCUUAAAAGACGCACCGUCGGAGCGGCAUUACGAUAAUGUUGCAACGAUAAAUAACGAACAGAAGAUGUCGCCGUAUUACCGUUACAGAAAUCAGCAUUGUUGCAAUGCAAAGCUAAUGUACGGCUCUCAACAAUCCACCGUGUUGAGCGGUUCGGCCGAGUCUCAGGAUGAGAUGGACCAACGCGCCGCGUCGCCCGUCUCCUGCAAGAGCUCACCGAGCGAGAUGUCUACGUAUUCCAUGCAAGAUCCGACCCUGGGACCAGCGGUGCCAGGCAAGCAGAAGGUGCACCAGUUCCUAGUGAGGACGUUCAGCAGCCCCACCAAGUGUAACCACUGCACCUCGCUCAUGAUCGGUCUCACCCGCCAGGGCGUGGUCUGCGAGACGUGCGGUCUGGCGGUGCAUACGCGGUGCUGCGCACGCGUCCCGCCCCGCUGCCCGCUACCGCCUGAGCGUUCGCGACGACCGCUCGGCAUAGACCCGGCGAGAGGACAGGGCACGGCUUACGAGGGAUAUGUCAAGGUUCCAAAACCAGGCGGCGUGAAGAAAGGUUGGAUGCGGCAAUUCGUCGUCGUGUGCGACUUCAAACUGUUCCUCUACGAUAUAUCACAAGACAGAAACGCACUCCCCUCCGUCUGCGUGAGUCAAGUCCUCGACAUGCGCGACGCCGAGUUCGGUGUGAGCGGCGUCCGCGACUCCGACGUCAUACACGCCGGAAAACGAGACAUACCGUGUAUAUUCCGAAUAUCAACGUCACAAUUAGAAGGUGGUAAGCGGUACCACACGCUCAUGUUGGCUGAAUCCGAAUCGGAGAAGACCAAAUGGGUGGUCGCGCUCAGCGAACUACAUAGGAUACUGAAGAGGAAUAAUCUACCCGAUAAACAGGUAUACAGCGCGGUGGGCGUGGCCGAGGCGGGCGGGGCGGCGCUGCGCGGCGCGACGUGCGCAUGCGUCGUCGAGCGUACACGCGCCGUACUGGGCGGGGAGUUCGGCCUCGCGCUCGUAGACUUAGAGAGGGCGGAGCUAGUGCCGCGCCGCGCGCUCGCGCCCGUACACAGGCUGCUGUACGUGCCGCACGAGCAGCUGCUAGUGGUGAUAGCUGGGCGGGGUCGCCACGUGCGACUGGUGCCGAUCCGAGCGUUGGAAUGUCCCGAGGCGGAGUGCGUGAAGCUCGCGGAGGCAAAAGGCGCGGUUGACAUCGCGGUGGGAGAGCUGCACGCGUCCGCGCACGGUUUCGCUGUCGUGUGCAAGCGACAGAACACAUGGGUGGUACUGGUGUACGAGAUAACUCGGACCGCGGCGCGGCGGUGUCGAGUGGCCGAGCUGCGUGCGGCCGCGCCCGUACUGAGCGUGCAACUGACGCGCGGGCGGCUGUUGCUAGGUUACCGCGGCCAUCUUGUCGCGCACUCGCUCCGGACCGACGUCGAGAGGCCCGCAGUCUCUCUCGUCCAUCCAGACAACCAAGUGUCCGUGUUCCUCACGCACUCCGGCGCGCGGCCGCUCUGCGCGCGGGAGGCGGGCGCCGAGUGGAUACUAGUGUUCUCCGCUCUCGCCCUGUACGUCGACCGCAAUGGGCUACGGGCGAGAGACCACGAGAUCAUGUAUACGGCGCAGCCGGCGUAUCACGCGGUCAACGACACUCACCUGCUGAUAUUCACGUCGUCGCACAUCGACGUGUACGACAUAGAGACGGGAGACUGGGUGCAGACUAUCAAUUUACCGAACGCCCGGCCUCUCGACGAAUGCGGGUGGCUAGUCAGCGUGGGCGGAGGGGGCGGGGCCUUCCCGUUCGGCGACUCCGCCCCCGCGCUAGUGUAUCUACGGCCUCUGCGUGCACAGGGACCAUUAAGCGUCGAACCGGCAACGUACGGGACGAACAAACGACGUUUCUCCGUAAGAGAACACCAGGCGAUAGAAGCGCAUAAUAGACUGUCCGAACGUCGCUCGCGUCUCAUAUCGGCGCCGACGAACUUCGCCCACGUGUCGCACAUGGGCCCCGGCGACGGCAUCCGCUCGCAGCGCCUGCUCGACCUGCCCACCACGCUCGAGACCGCUGACGACCAGCAGUACAGCGGCAGUCAGAACAGCAGUAAGCGGACGUCGCCGCUCACUAUCAACCAUCCGACGGGCUCUUAUAACGGGUCGUGGCGAGGCCGAGGUCGGGAGGGGCUUCCGGAGGCGCCCUCGCCGCCCCACCGCGCCCUAGAGAGAUCGAUCGGCGGCGGAUCGGCCGGCAGUGGUUCCCUACUGGAGCGGUCGAUGACCCCGCUCUCUCUGGGCAGCAUGAGCAGCCUACACGACGUACUUAAGGUCGGCGCGGAGCCCGAGCAGUCGGGGGACAGCAGCCCCGGCGCUUCGCCCCCACACCCGCAUCCGUGAAGAACAAUGUCAAGCGCGAACUGGAACCUGGAUCUGUCUCGGUUCUACGCGUGCUUCUGUUAGAACAUUUAGGAGAUCGUCAACAUGAGUGGCCCACCGCUAUGACCACAAUAAAUAGUGUGGGCUGUGGCCCACAUCUAAGGGCAUACUACAGGUUUAUAGAAACCAAACUCUUACGCUCUAACAAAUACAAGGUGUAACAAAAGUAAGUGACAAUACUUUAGGGUGUGUAUGAAACCCCCGUAUCGAGUCCAUUGUGAAAUUAGCAGCGCUGGAAGAGUCACUUUUUUUUUCUUUUGUAUGAGAAAAUUUCCGUCGCAGGAGCGCUCUUGCAUGGACACUUUGUAUGAACAACGAUAUCAAAAUACUACGUUCUAAUUCUA